GAGAUCCACUCGAAGGCGGCUGACGCAAAGCCGCAGGAGAUCGCCAACACCCUCUGGGCAUACGCGAAGAACCGCUCCGUGGAGGCGCCGCUGUUCCACGGGCUCGCGGACGUGGCAUUGGGCCAGGACCUCCUAUGGACCUUCAAGCCGCAGGAGCUCUCGAACACGGUGUGGUCGUUCGCGACCGUAGGCCUCCACCACGUCCCGCUCUGCACUGCCAUGGUGGACGUCGUGAUCAGCAAGCGGUGGGAGCUGUCCCCGCAGAACGCCGCCAACAUCCUGUGGGCCUACUCGAAGCUCCAGGUCGGCGAGCAGAGCGGGCGGCUGGUGGAGGAGCUGCUCGGCGUGUCCAUCUGGAGGCUGCCCCAGCACAAGCCGCAGGAGAUCUCGGCCAUCGUGUGGGCCGGCUCCCGUGACAGCCCGGGCAGCUGGCGCUUCUUCGAGGCCGUGGCCAAGAUCUGCAUUUCUCGUCUUCGUGACUUCCCUCCCCAGGCGCUCGCCUACAUGGUCGAGGCCUAUGGGACCAUCGAGCAGGGCGGCCCGGCCUCUGCGUUCUCGAAGGGCAUGAUACGCGAGAGCCUCGACCGGUUGCACCAGUUCGAGCUCUCCGCGCUCACGCACCUCCUGGCGGGGGUGGUGCAGUUCACCCGGAACUCGGAGCCCGAGGGCGAGUCCGGGAGCCAG